AUGAAGAAGUCAGCCUUGCUAAACCAACCUGGGAUAGUGCUUUUGCUAGUUACUUGCCCUCUGCUGUCUGUUCUUCAAGGGGUGACGUGUAAGACUGAGAAUGGACACCUGGGUGACUCAGAUCCAGAGAGGUGUAUGAGGCACCACUAUGUUGAGACCAUUACACAUCCCAUCUAUAAGUGCAACUCUAAGAUGGUCCUGCUGGCACGCUGUGAGGGUCACUGCAGCCACACAUCCCGCUCGGACCCGCUCAUCUCCUUCAGCUCUGUCCUCAAGCAGCCUUUUAAAAGUACAUGUUUCUGCUGCCGCCCGCACACCUCCAAACUAAAAGCGGUGCGUCUGAGGUGCUCUGGAGGAACACGGAUAACUGCCACCUACCGUUACAUUUUAGCUUGCAGCUGUGAGGAGUGCAGUUGA